UGUUCACCUCUCAUGUCCGUUCAUCGUUACAUUUACAAGAGAAGAAGAAGAAGAGCGUAUUCACUUCCGUGUAAAAUUUCAUGAAUGACCACAGCUUCCCCAGUGUAGCUCGCUAACUAGUACCAACUUCGAGUAGUGUCGCUUGUUUGACAGCUGCCGCUACCGCCUGCUUGUUCUAAAAUGGAUUAUACUGCAACUCAAAGUGGGUUCAGACAGCGUAAGUUACAGCCCAGUAUGCGUCUAAGGAAUAGUCCAGGGGACAGUCCAGAUGGCAGUCAGCUGUUUGAGGAUACGAGCAGAGCUGGGCCUGGACCACAGGCAGGAUACAGGAACCAGCAGGCCGGCCCUCAAACUGCAGGAUUUCCUGGUCAGACCCUCCUGUCAGAGCCCAUGUCCAAUCUGGCCAUGGCAUAUGGCAGCUCGCUGGCAUCCCAGGGGAGAGAAAUGGUUGACAAGAAUCUGGAUAGAUUCAUCCCAAUUUCCAAGCUAAAGUACUACUUUGCUGUGGACACAGUGUACGUCGGGAAGAAGCUGGGCCUUCUAGUUUUCCCAUAUAUGCACGAAAACUGGGAGGUGAGCUACCAGCAGGACACUCCUGUGGCUCCGCGCUUUGAUGUGAACGCUCCCGAUCUUUAUAUUCCUACCAUGGGCUUCAUCACAUACAUCCUGGUGGCCGGACUGGCCCUCGGCACACAGAGCAGGUUUUCACCAGAGCUGCUGGGAGUUCAGGCAAGCUCAGCUUUGGUGUGGUUAAUCAUGGAAGUCCUGGUGGUCCUCCUGUCGCUCUACCUUGUCACUGUAAACACAGACCUCACCACUAUAGACCUGCUGGCCUUUGCUGGCUAUAAAUAUGUUGGGAUGAUUGUAGGCUUAGUGGCGGGCCUUUUGUUUGGGAAGCCGGCAUAUUAUCUGUCUCUGCUGUGGUGCUGUGCUGCCAUCUUUGUCUUCAUGAUACGCACUCUGCGUCUGAAGCUGUUGUCAGAAGCAGCAGCAGAAGGGAAGCUAGUGAGAGGAGCCAGAAACCAACUGAGGAUGUACCUCACCAUGGCUAUAGCAGCAGCACAGCCCAUUUUCAUGUACUGGCUCACUUUCCACCUCGUCAGAUAAAAACUCCAGCACUUGCACACAGAACUCGUCAUCUCACCUGACUAAAAUUUGAAAAAAGAAAAUAAACACAACAUACAUAUCAGAGAAGCUGGACUUGGAUGAAACACACAGCGACAUGAAGACUCCACGUACGUGUGGAGCUGAACAACACGCUACAAGACGACUUAGAGAAGAUGCGAGGCGUUACCGCCGUUUCACAGCACAGCCAUUUCAUUAGCAUUGCCUUUUUUAAGUCUUCGCAAUUUUGUAGCAAGAGCAAUUGGCUUUAAGUUUCUUUUUUUCUACUGUGUAAUUACUGCUUAAUUAUGUUUUUUUUUGUUUUGUUUUUUUUAGGAGUAUUUAUGUAUGUAUGUAUGUAUGUUUGUGUACAGCAAGAGUAUUAUUGCAGAUGUUUCAUGAGCGAUAUCUCUGAGCCAAGAAAAAGCGGUAACCUCAGACAGACCGUCCACUUAAUAAAAAGAACUCAAAUCUGGGUUUGAAAAUGAUCAAUUGGCUCUGCUUGAACGUUUGGACGAUGAAAGCUUUUCCCCUUCUAAUGUUUUUUUUUUUUUAAUGGCUGUAAUUGUCCAGCAACAUGAGUAAAAACAUCUAUCUGGAAACCAGGGUUACCCAGCUCGUCUAGAAAUGUCAUAUAAUGCCUAACCCCCAUUGUUCACACACUCUGUAUUGAUUCUGAAAAUAUAUAUAUUGUAUAAUUCACCCUGCUCCCCCCCCCCAAAAAGACACACUGCUAUUGAUAGCGGUCGUGAAACUCUUAACGAAUGCCUAGUCGGUGACGUCUGCGCUGUUCCCUCCCUCUGCCCCCCUGCAGGACGUCUCUACAGGAGAAGAGUGAAAGAUUGAACGUCAGAGGCGACAAAUGUGGUUAAGUUUAAAGAUUAGGGGUUGUUGUGUAGUGCAUUCACCUAAAGUCCUUUUUAUUUCAGUGUCUAACUUGACAUCUAUGCUGUUGCUAGCAGAUUUCCAUGGUUACCUGUAGUUUGCAUGAAAGAUGGUGACUUACCUGCGAACACUUGCCACCUACUAGUGGAGAGGCAAUAAAACUUGAAAGUGUGCAACACAAACAAGCGGAUAAUGUUUGCUUUCAAAGUAAACCUAAGAAAGUGUUUCCGGUUUGCUUUCUACUUUUCACAUUUUCGCUAAUACUCCACAAGUACUUUGUUACUGUUUGCAGCCAUUAGGUGUCAUACAAACUGUGGGCAACAAUGGCAAUCUGCUUGGAGUCAAGCACCCAAAGGUUUUCGGUCUUUGCGGUUAAUUUCA